AUGGAUUACGUAAACAAUGACGACGAUCAAACAUCAUACGAUCUGCUUCUGAAAAGGGUUUGGAGGAAUGAGCGCUGUUCUCCCACUUUGCUACCUUAUGAGAAAGAAUUGGUAGAAACUGUCGACCUAGCCAUCAAAGACCAAGACUCAUGCAUCGAAGAGCUUCGCAAAAUGAGCAAAGACAGCACGACAGACUUUAUGAUCAGCUUGUUGGAGCUUGAGCUUGACAGGUUGAACUCGUACCAUCGUGAUAGAUUGAAAAAGAUACAGCAAUUUCAUGCCCAUCUUCUAGCCAACAAGUCAGAAUUCGACAUGAUGUCGCCGCUAGAGCAGAAGUUCUGCGAACAGUUCACAGACCUUUUCGAGAAGCACUUCAACAAUUGUUGUUUCUUGUCCGGCAUUCCCGAGAAGCUGCAGAAGUUGAACCUUCAAUAUAUGAUCGUCAAGCCGGAAGUCGAUAAUCACGUAUUUGUACACGUCCUAGAAGAUUUGGGUGAUGUACAAGUGGGGGACGCCGAGUUGGAGAUGAACUCAGGAGAUUUCGUCUGCAUGAAGUUCAGCGAUAUCGCUUCCCUUGUAGAGCAGCAGAAAGUCGAGCUGGUCUAG